AGAGCUUCGCAGCUCUGAUGUCGGAUACAAGUCUGAGGGAGACUGGGAAGCCCACGAGCACCGCUGCCUUGAAACUUCCAAAGGAUCUCGACAGCCAAUUAGGCUGCCCGGUGAUUAGUUAGAAUGCACUGGCCUGAAGCUCUCUCGUUCCUCCUCAUUUCCCUCCUCUCCUUCGUAUCCUCCGUGGCGGCCUCAACUUCCACUUCACCCCAAAACACCGACAUAUUCUACUGGCCGCUCUCCGCAUCCUCUCCCUCACAAGCCUCCCGGCUCGCAGAAGUUUCCUACGAUCCCGUCACUCUCCAAACAUCCGUCCGCUCAUAUACUCCACCCCAAAAACAGUCAAAUGAGGACCUACUGCGCAUUGGCCUAUUCACCGAUGCGUCACAGGAGCACUGGGUGGGAAGCUUAACGUCCUUUUCAGCAUUCAACAACAGCGCAAUCACUCCCAAUCUAAGCUUAUAUCUCAGCCUAGAUAAUGAGGUUUAUAGCGUCGCGGUUUCUGCUUCGGCCUUGUCAGCUAGCGAAGGGAAUCAGAAUCUCAAUGUCGAGAUAGUCAGACCGACUCCCGCCCCCACACCGCAUUUAAACAGACCCAUUGUACUGAAGGAGGAUGGAAAAGAAACCGAGGAGAUUAUUGAGAAAUCAUUUAUACAAAAGUAUUGGUGGGCUAUCCCAAUUGUAUUGUUCUUGGUGAUAGGGGGUGGAGGCGAGGCGAAAUGAGCCAGGUCCUUCCAUCUACAUCACAAAAGGCGUGGAUAUAAACAGAAUUCAAAAAAAGUUACCAAUUGAUCCUCUUGGGCAUUAACUUGGUUCGAUGGAGCUACAGAUCUAGAACUCAGAGAUACCACAUACACACUGCAAAACGCAAAAACUCGUUUACUGGCUUCACCCUUCCAAGUCUUGUGAUAGAAGACUCGACCAAAGCAUUCUCCAGGCUUUGGACGGCAAACACUAGAUGAAUCUGUCACGAUCCGACUCCCCAUAUGUCUCAACCUUAAAUUUCUAUCCGGAAGUUCAGAGAUAAUUGCUGAACCCUCAGCCAAUUUUAGCUUCCUUUCGGCUGCCGUCUCAUAGUUGAGCCCUCUCGCUCAAUUUUUUUUAAUUUUUAUUUUUAUUUUUAUUUUUAUUUUUUUUGGAUUUCUUCAUGAUUUCUUCAAUAUCUGCAAACUUCAAGUUUAUCUUUCCUUUCUUGCAUUUUGUGCUUCGUGGGGUCUCUAUUCGACUAACAGCUGCUGGAUAACUUUCCUCUCGGGCAGAUCGUCUGGCCUUGAAUGAAUUCCAUUCUGUUGAAUAUGCGAGAGAUUUCUCGACAUACUACGCGGAUAA